CACCAGUUUUUACUAUAAUUAGUUUGCUAGCUAGCUCCAUCCAAUCGAUGGCGGCGGUCAUGGAAGCCUUCAGCCGAACACCGCCGGCCGACGGCGCGGCUAACGUCCUCGCCAUCGGCACGGCCAAUCCCUCCCAUUUCGUCGACCAGAUGCAGUACCCUGAGUACUACUUCCGCAUCACUGACGCGGAGGGCAAGACAGAGCUGCAGCAGAAGUUUAAGCGGAUUUGUGAGAAAUCGAUGAUCAGGAAGCGGCACAUGUGCUUGACGGAGGAGGUGCUGCGGGAGAACCCCUGCCUGUGCGGGUACAUGACCCCCUCUUUCGACGCGCGGCAGAGGAUCGUGGUCGAGGAGGUGCCACGCCUGGCGAAGGAGGCGGCCGACAAGGCCAUCAAUGAGUGGGGACGCCCCGUCACCGACAUCACACACCUCGUCUUCUGCUCUGCCGCCGGCGUCGACCUACACGGCGCCGACUACCGCCUCCUCCAGCUCCUAGGCCUGCCGCUGCACGUGCGCCGCGUGAUGCUUUACAACGUUGGAUGCCAUGCCGGCGGCACCGCCCUGCGCGUGGCCAAGGACCUGGCGGAGAACAACAAGGGGGCGCGAGUCCUGGUGGUCUGCUCCGAGCUCAACGUCAUGUUCUUCCGCGGCCCCGGAGACGACCACAUCGAGAACCUGAUCGGGCAGGCUCUUUUUGGCGAUGGCGCCGCGGCGGUCAUCGUCGGUGCAGACACGGAUGAGACGGAGAGACCUAUCUACGAGGUGGCCUCAGCGACUCAGGUUAUGCUUCCUGAGAGCGAGGAGAUGGUCGGGGGGCACCUGCGGGAGAUCGGCCUGACGUUCCACCUGGCGAGCAGGUUGCCGGCGGUGGUGGGCGAGAACAUAGAACGGUGCUUGGAGUCGGCGUUCGGGGUGGAGGCGGGGGACUGGAACGAGCUGUUCUGGAUCGUGCACCCGGGCGGGCGGGCGAUCAUAGACCAGGUGGAAGCGAGGGUGCGAUUGACGCCGGAGAAGCUGGCGGCGACGAGGCACGUGCUGAGGGAGUACGGCAACAUGCAGAGCGCCUCUGUGCUGUUCAUCAUGGACGAGAUGAGGAAGCUGUCAGCUGCGGAGGGCUGCGCCACCACUGGCCAAGGAUGUCAGUGGGGGGUGCUCUUCGGCUUCGGCCCCGGCCUCACCAUCGAGACCGUCGUCCUCCGCAGCGUACCCCGUCAAAUUAAUUAAUUAAUUAUCGGCAAAUCAGUUGAAUUUACAUGUGGUCUCUUGUUCCGGAUGGACACAUAUAAUCCAUCCCCAUUUAUAUGUGUACUUGUCAGUGGUAUAAUAUCUGGACUUGUCAGUGGUACAAAAUGUCAACUGUGAUUUUUCUGUUUCAUUAAUAAUUCGUCAUAUGAAUGUUAUCUAGUCAACGU